CAAAUCAGGUCACCUUGGUCACAAGUAGCUGGUGGCGCAGCGGAGUUUUGGAUGGGGGAAAUUUUAUCUUGGACCAAAGUGGUCGCAAUUCCCCUGCUCAUUGGACGUAUAUAACUGGAAUAAGUAUUUGUGCCUCUUGAGGAAUCCCUUGAACUUGAAUGAAAUAUUUUGGCGUUAUCAUAAAAAUAGAACAUGGAUUCUGCAAAUAAGUAUAAAGGUUCUGACGGCUCACCGCAUCGCUCGUCGCCUAUUCUUCCCCUGGACUGGACGAAGUUUGACAAAGAGCUGCGGUUUGAGCGAUGUCCGAUACUGAACCUGGUGCUCAUGCAGUUUGGGAUGUACAGCGUCAUGUUUCUGAGCUUCCUGAGUCGGUGGUUAUUUCCGCACAAGGCCAUGAAAGAGAGGAACAGAGAGGGCUACGCCCCGUUGUACAGUCGGCUCGAGGAGUUCUUCUCCCACUACGUGUACCGUCGCGGCCGCCACUGCUACAACAGCCCCGUGUGCUCCGCCCCCAACGCCGACAUCACGCUCAUGGAGCGGGUCAGCGACGACUAUAAUUGGACCUUUAGGUUUACAGGCCGGCAGCUGAAGUGCGUGAACCUGGGCUCGUACAACUACCUGGGCUACCGCGGAGGGCGUGGCAAGGUGGAGGCGGCCGCGCGGCGCUACGGCCUGGCUCUCCACUCCUCGCGCGCGGAGCUGGGCACCACUCCGCUGCAUGUGGAGUUUGAACACGAGCUCGCCGACUUCCUUGGCGUUGAGGCAGCGAUGGUGGUAGGCAACGGGUUCUCGGCUAACACGUUGACGCUGCCAGGGCUACUGAGCCCCAACACGCUGGUGCUGAGCGACGCCAAGAUCCAUGCCAGCCAGCGACUUGGCUUGCGUGUGGCGCGCAGCUCUGUGCGAGUGUUUCAACAUAAUGACAUGCGGCACCUGGAGGAGCUGGCUCGGCGAGCUCGCGCCGAGGGGUGCUGGGACAAUAUUGUUGUCAUGAUGGAAGGCGUAUACAGCAUGGAGGGUUCCGUGGGGUCCCUCCCAGCAGCCAUCGCGCUGAAGAAGCAGCUCGGCCUCCACAUCUACAUCGACGAGGCGCACAGCAUCGGGCUGGGGCCGCGAGGCCGCGGGGUCACUGACCUGUGCGGCGAGAGUGUCAGAGACGUCGACGUUCUCAUGGGCAGCUUUAGUAAGAGCUUUCCUGGCAUGGGAGGCUACAUAGCUGGGAGCGCUGCGCUGGUGAACCGCGUGCGCUUGCACGGGCACGCGCAUGCGUACGCGCAGAGCAUGCCGCCGCCCGUCGCCGCGCAAAUGCUCUGUGCGCUGCGCGACCUGUGCGCGCCGGCCGGCCAGGCGCGAGCAACGACUCUAAGGGACAACACGCGCUACUUCCGCGAACGGUUACGUGCGAUGGACGUGGUGGUAUACGGGCACCCGCAGUCGCCAGUGGUGCCAAUGAUGGUGUACUCGCUGACAAAGAUGGCGGUGUGUGUGGAACGGCUCUUGACAGCCGGUGUGGCGGCGGUGGGCGUCGGCUUUCCUGCUACGCCUCUGUACCUGGCACGAAUGAGGUUUUGCUUAUCUGCAGCCCAUACUCGCGAACAUCUGGACAAAGCGCUGGCAGCCAUAGAAGCAGUGGUUGAAGAGCUGGGCCUGCGAUACUCGAGAGAGCCUAUACGAUCAACAACCAACCGGUUGACGUUCAUUGAUGUUUAUGGUUGCCUUUGUGUCUGUAUGCAGAAAGCUCGAAAACUACUGAGAUUUUAAUGUAUUUUUUUUGUCAAGAAUUUAUGAAGAUAUAAGUUCAGGUGGCACUGAAAUAGUUAGUUCCUAGUUUUGGGAUAAGUACUUUUAUAGUACCUAAGCUUUAAAGGCUCCAUGUAAUGUACUUGUAAUAUUAAUCCUAGAGUGAAAAAUAUACAAGAUACAACAUACUCAUACAAACUUCAACUACACUUGAUAAACCUUCUUAUCAAAGUCCAAAAUAAUAUGGCAUUGCUGCCGACUGUGACCGCAAUACUGCUACAAACGUCGAAUAAAAUUUGAUGUGCAGCAACAUUAUUUGAUAACACUUACAACAACGUUGUCGACAAACAAAAACAUAUGUAGUACCUGCAGUAGGUAUGCCACAUUAAAUUCAAGUGUUGCAAUAGCAUUCAUUUUGUAGUCUAAAUCCAAACAUUACCUUAAGUUUCGCAUGCGUCUAUUAUACAAGGUGCUCGCGAGGA